UUUGUGUUUUUUUCUUUUUUUGUUACACAUACUAGUUAUUAUGAUCUUCUGGGUGUUUUUAUGAAUCAAUUUCAUAGGAAGUAGUAACCAUAUAUUAAUUGAUUUUGGGUUACAUGGGUUUUGAUCUUUUGGUUUCCCCUGAACUUGAAAGUGUUGAAAUUUUGUGAAAUUUCAUUGAUUUUCUGAUGGAUUUGAUGAUUGAGAUGAAUUUGUGGGUUUAUAUUUUGUUUGGUUGAAUUUGGAUGAUUAUACUAAGUCGAAGGUUUUACAGUGGUUUUUUCAGGCAGAUCAGGUGUUCAAGUAUUUGGGUAACUGAAUUGAAUUAUCAAAGGGUGAUCGUUAAGUUAUUAGUGGGAGAUCUUAUUAUUUUUGUGUAGCAUAAAUCAAAAAAAAAAAAAAAAGAAGGAAGUGAAUUUUUGUGUUUGGGAGAAUAUGUUAGCUGGGACUGAGUUUUCACCACCAUUUCCUAUACUAGAAAGUGGCAGUGGGUUUAUUAAAGAACAUGGAGGAUCAUCUACAAUCGAAGACGAAAGUUCAGACGUUUUAGGAGAAGCAUUAAAACAGAUUAAGAUUAGUAAACCGCCGAGACAUCUCUCUGGUUUACGGCAUUGUAUGAGCUCUGCUGUGUUGGUUGCUUCUGAAUUGGAAUUGGAUACCCAGAGAAGUGGAGUGAGGUCUUGUGCAGAUGGAGAUGAUUCUUCUUCUUUUAUACCUGUAGUUAGAUCAGGAAGUUGUUCUGUGCAAGGACCAGUAAAACGACAGAUGGAAGAUGAACAUAUUUGUAUAGACAAUCUUCUUGAACAUGACACAGCAUUGGACUUUCCUUCUCCAAGAGCUUUCUAUGGGGUAUUUGAUGGUCAUGGUGGAUUGGAUGCCGCAACUUUUGUUCGAGAAAACAUUUUAAAGUUUAUAGUUGAGGAUGUUCACUUCCCGAACUGUGUGGAGAACGCUAUUAGGAGUGCUUUUGUUAAUGUCGAUCAUGCAUUCUCUGAUGAUCAUUCUCUCGACAGCUCUUCUGGCACUACUGCUUUGACUGCUCUAAUAUCUGGAAGGAAGCUGUUAAUUGCCAAUGCUGGGGAUUGCCGAGCUGUGUUGGGUAGACGGGGUAAAGCAGUAGUACUAUCAAAAGACCACAAACCUGAUUGUAACUCGGAACUAUUAAGAAUCGUGAACCUCGGUGGUUUUGUGUGUGAUGGCUAUCUUAAUGGACAACUAUCAGUUGCAAGAGCCCUUGGAGAUUGGCACAUGAAGGGUCCGAAAGGAAUUGCAUGUCCUUUAAGUGCAGAGCCGGAGUUGCAGGAAACAAUACUAACAGAAGAAGAUGAAUUCUUGAUAAUGGGAUGUGAUGGGUUGUGGGAUGUUGUAGGCAACCAGUGUGCUGUAACAAUUGUAAGGAGAGAGCUAAUGCUUCACAAUGACCCAGAGAAAUGUGCAAUAGCGCUAGUCAAAGAAGCUCUUAAUUGGAAGGCAUGGGAUAAUUUAACAGUUAUUGUGGUAUGUUUUUCUCCCAACCCUCCUCCUAGGUUAGAGAUCCCCAGAUUUAGAGUUCGGAGGAGCAUAUCUGCAGAAGGAUUGAAUUUUCUCCAAGAUGCGCUAGGCAGUAAUGCGUGACAAUGGACAAGGGGAUCAAUAAAGACCAUGGGAAGAGCCUGUAUAUAAGAUAUUGGAGUCAGCAGCAGCAUUGUUUUUGGUCUGUUGUGGUGGGAUUUAUCAAAGAGUGAUUGUUAUCUUUGGGAAUGGCUGACAUUCAGCAAUGAUUGGGUUAAUAAAAAAUUGUGUACACGUCUUUCAUUUAUGACAUUUUGUAUGAAUAAAAAUGCUAAAAUUCUUGCUCCAA